AUGAUUUGCUCAGUCAUAUUCUGCUUAAUCUUUGGAGCAGAUUUGGCGGCCGAAGAAGAAUCUAGAUCCUCCUACAUAGUAGCCCAAGAGAACAAGCGUUUACAUGGCUAUGCUGUAAAGAGAAUCGAUUCUACCGAUGAAAUGUCAUGCAGUCAAGCUUGUUUAAGGCAUUCUUGGUGUACUUCUUCUAACUUCAAAGAGUCCUCAGGGAAUUGUGAACUGAACAAGCACGAGUUCUCAAUAACUGCAGAUGAUAACACCAAGCUCACUGUUAAUACCGGCACAACGUUUUCAAGGUUUCUUAAGGUAAGUCGAAGAGAGGUUUGUCAACAACGCACGCGAUGUAAGAACUGCGUUCAAAUAAAUUUUAACUAAUACACAUCUGUUCUGUUGGAAAAACAGUAAAUUUGAGUUUUAUUAGGAUGCAUUUAUCAAAAAUGGCAUCCAAAGCGGGGAUAUGUCUUGUAUUGGAGCCAGUCAUGUUCACUGCCUUUUGCUACCAGUUUCAAUCCGGGACAAUUUUUUGAUGUUAUUGACGGCUAUGUGUUCUUGCCUUCAAUUGGUUUACUUGUUUUUAAAUUACAGCUAAGAAAAAUGUGCAGUGCAAUUCAAAAAUUCAAGGAGAGUCCGUCGAGCUUGUGAUUUAUGGAAAUUGUAUUUUGGUUUCUAAGUUCAAAGUAUAUAUUGUACAGAUAUGAUUUGCACUACGCCUUAAAAGUAUCUUGAGAGAUCAGUACGCACUGCAAGGAUCACAUGAAUUCGAACGUUUUUGCCCUAAAACAAUUUUGCUAGACGUGUAAAAAGCUGCAGGAAGUCGAUGGAAAACAACUUUUGCUUACCCAAGUAAAAUGUGAUUUUCUGCAGGGUUGUCUGAUGGCUGGAUGCCUCAACGGAGGUUCUUGUUUGUUCGACAAAGAAAAAGACGCUUUCGCUUGCUCAUACAAUCUGCAAUGCAGUGGAGAAACAUGUGAACUAGGUAAAUUCUCACUUUAUUAUACCUUACCUUAUAAUAAAUAUAGAAUAGUGAAAGAGGUGUACUCUCUGCUAGCACCUGGUAUCUCGAAUACCAGGGAAAAACUCUAGGCCUCUUCUAACAGGGAAAGAUGUGUACUGUUUGAAGCAAAAUCACAUAUUUGUCUAUCUGGCAAAUGUUUCAGUGGUACAACUGAGAAAGUUAAACUGUUGACAGAUUGCCAAUUUAAUGAACCUUCUACUCUGUGAAACUGGUAUGUAGCUUUUGGCGUUUACUUUUAUUAAUUUCUUAGCCUCAAAUGUGGAUCGGCCUGGAAUCAGGUUCCUUAGUAGGAAGCAAAAAAGCGAAUAAUGGUGUGAACAGCCUCCUAUUCGCCCCUUUUCUCAUCUAAGAAGCCUGAUCUAGGCUAAGUCUGGAACUUCAAUGUUUUUCUUGUGAUUUUUCGUUUUCUUUCUCAUUAAGUAUAGGCUCCUGAAUGGUACAUAUGUCCAAUGCAUGGUUGUGGCCAUUUUUAAUUUUGGGUUCGCCAUGUUCCGGCCAUUAGGCUCUACAGCAAAAGCUUUUAGCCAACCUUGCAUUUUUGGCGAGUUUCUCCAUCUGAUGGACUAAUUAUAAUCUGUUUUUGUAGACAUUGACGAAUGCACAAAAAAUACCCACAAGUGCGGUGCCAAUGCUUACUGCAAUAAUACCAAGGGAGGAUACAACUGCACUUGUCAUCCGGGAUAUUACGGAGAUGGAAAGAAAUGUGAA